CCCUGACGCUCCCGACGGGGAAGAGGCGGCCACCAAGGUGUCUCCUGGAGCCGGUGGCCCGGCUCCGGCCCUGCCCUGCCCUGCCCUGCCCGGCCCGGCCCGGCCCGGACAAAGGGCAGCUGCGGGAGAGGCGGAGCUGAGCUGAGAGCUGAGCUGAGCGGAGGAGGGAGAGGAGCGGAGCGGAGCCGAGCGGAGCUGAGCUGAGCUGAACGCCCCCGACCCUCGCCUCUCCCUCCUCGCCCCUCCUCGGGCCCGCAGCUUGCCCCCUUGCAGCGCCCGCGGGACGGCGGCGGGCACCAUGGGCGACAAAGGGACCAGGGUGUUUAAGAAGGCAAGUCCUAAUGGCAAGCUUACGGUCUACUUGGGGAAGAGGGACUUUGUGGACCAUGUAGAUAUGGUGGACCCUGUCGAUGGCGUCGUGCUGGUGGCUCCCGAGUACCUGAAGGAGAGGAAAGUCUUUGUCACGCUGACCUGCGCCUUCCGUUACGGCCGCGAGGACCUGGACGUGCUGGGCUUGACCUUCCGCAAGGACCUGUUUGUGGCCAACGCCCAGGCCUUCCCUCCGGCCCCCGAGGACCGGCCUCCGCUCACCCGCCUGCAGGAGCGCCUCAUCAAGAAACUAGGGGAGCACGCUCACCCCUUCACCUUCCAGAUUCCCCCCAACCUCCCCUGCUCCGUCACGCUGCAGCCCGGACCUGAGGACACAGGGAAGGCCUGCGGUGUGGACUAUGAGGUGAAGGCCUUCUGUGCUGAGAACCUGGAGGAGAAAAUUCACAAAAGGAAUUCCGUGCGACUGGUGAUCCGGAAAGUGCAGUAUGCUCCGGAACGCCCGGGGCCCCAGCCCACGGCAGAGACCACCAGGCAAUUCCUCAUGUCUGACAAGCCUCUGCACCUAGAGGCAUCUCUGGACAAAGAGAUCUACUACCACGGAGAACCCAUCAACGUGAACGUCCACGUCACCAACAACACCAACAAGACCGUGAAGAAGAUCAAGAUUUCAGUGCGCCAGUAUGCGGAUAUCUGUCUCUUCAACACGGCUCAGUACAAGUGUGCGGUGGCAGUGGAGGAGGCUGACGACGUGGUGGCUCCGAGUUCAACAUUUUGUAAGGUGUAUACGCUGACCCCCUUCCUCGCCAACAACCGGGAGAAGCGAGGUCUGGCCCUGGAUGGGAAACUCAAGCACGAGGACACGAACCUAGCUUCCAGCACCUUGCUAAGAGAUGGUGCCAACAAGGAGGUCCUGGGGAUCAUCGUGUCUUACAAGGUCAAGGUGAAGCUGGUAGUGUCUCGGGGCGGCCUCUUGGGAGAUCUAGCCUCCAGCGACGUGGCCGUGGAGCUGCCUUUCACUCUGAUGCACCCCAAACCGAAGGAGGAACUGCUUCACCAGGGCGUUCCAGAGCACGAGACUCCAAUUGACACCAACCUCAUAGAGCUGGACACCAACGACGACGACAUCGUAUUCGAGGAUUUCGCCAGGCAGAGACUGAAGGGGAUGAAAGAUGACAAGGAGGAGGAGGAGGAGGGAGGCACCGACUCUCCGCAGCUCAAUGACAGAUAAACGCUCCCCGCCCCCUGCCCCUGGCAGUAACGUGUCCGCGGCCAUCCGUCGUGUUUAUGUUUCUGUCUGGGGUCUUUGGGGUGCAUCCUCACUGUUCCUCUGUGCUCCCACCCCCACCCUCCCCACCCUGUCCCAGGAAGUCCCACUCCCCCUCAGCCCAUGGCGCAAAGGAAGUUUCAGGAAAACGCCCCUCAUGCUACCCCCUCUCAGACUCCUGGACCAGAUCCCUGCCCCCUCCCCACGUCGGACACUGUUGAGGCCCUCCUCUCAACCCUCUCCCCCCCACAGUGGGGUAAAAAGCCACGGCGCCCCACCUCAGACCCGAGGAGUGAAACCCCCUGCAGCCUGGGAAGUUGGGUGGGGAGUGGGGCACCUUGAAUUCUGGAUGAACCCCCUCCACUGUCCACGUUGCCUUUGCAGACCCCACAGUGUGCUCACGUGCACCACCCUCCCACAUCUCCCCCCACCCCACCCGCAGUGGCCUUGCAGGUUAGCUCUAACCCAGCCCAAGCAAGAGCCUGCAGCCCCACCCCCCCAAACUGGGCUGGACUCUAGCCUGGAAUAAUUCAAUAUUCUGUCCCGGAUCUUGAUCGCAUUGGUCCUGACUUAGCCCCCGGGGUGGGAGGCAGAGACCUUUCAGGCCCCAAGACCCCCCACCCAGAUCCUUUCCAAUCUAGUUUGGGAGGGAAAUUUAACUCCAUUCCAGCCCUGGGAUGAGGGCGGGGGUGGCAACUACGCAUAUACAUGUGGACUUGGGUUCCGCAUGGGGGGAAAUGUAGGGGUCCGGUCAUGGAAAAGAGGAGGAAUAUUUCAACAGGUAAUGUCCUUCUUGAGACAUCGGGAACUGCUAGAUUCCCCGCGGAGUCAAGCGCCGGCUUGGUCACCUCCCCCCAGCUGCUCAAGGCUGCUCUGGACCCGGCCACCAGCCCCAAAACACUCGCAGCCCAGCCACUUGCCUUCGGCCACCAACCCCCAGCCUUUCUGGGCCUAGCCGCCUGCCCACAUCGCUUUGGGCCUGGUCCUAUACCCCCGACCGGCCUAGGGCCCGGCCACCUGUCCUUGGCCACACUGGGGCCAGCCCCCUGCCUCUGGCCCCUUUGGACCCAGCCACCUGCCCCUGGCUGGUCUGAAGUCCAGCCAUUUGCCCCAACCUGGGCUAGUGGGGGUGCCGGAAGGCGGAGUGCAGCCCCAUCCCGAGUAGUUCCGGCACACCAUUCCAUUUUACCCAAAGUGCUGCAGACUUGGGGCAGGGAAGGCUCAAGGGGAUGGCAGAGAAGGGGAAGCAGGGCAGCCCACCAGGGGUUGGGCCCAGAUACCCAGCAAGUCGGCAGGAGGAGGGGCGGGACUUACCUUUAAGGGAAGGGCCGGGGGAGUCUUCACGUUCAGGAGCUUCUCCUGUGAGGGAAAUUUCUUGGAGGCUCAGAGGCCUUUGGAUCAGGAUGGGGCGUGGGAUCACCCCACUUUGUGGGGGGUUGGGGAGAGGAGGGCCUGGCCAGGAUCAGCCUGGGGAGCGGGGUCACACCUUCUCCCAGGGUGGUGGCCAGAGGCGAUGAAGACAGCAUUGAGAGACCCCAAGAUGGAUCACUCAGACUUCUACCAUUUGCCUACCCUGGAAGAAAAUGGGUUUGGUUGUCCAAAAGAGCAGGUCGGGUGUUGAGAUUUAGGACAUCCUUUAGGUUCCGGUCAGCCCACGAUGGGAACAGAGCACCCCGGUGAGGGACAGAGGGAGGAGGGAGACCUUAGACCAGUCAGGUUGGGUGGGUUUGGGACCCCGCCCUGGGGGUGCCUGCCCAAGCAUGAGUAGGGAGGCGGAAAUUUCCAAGAUGUGGGAUUUCUUGCCUCCUACGGUCCGUGGAGGGAUGUCUGCCCCUGGCAGGGUGGGGGUGAGGGUAGCCCUGUAGAUAAGGAGGCCAGUCACGUGUUCUUCCAUCUUCUCCAAAGCUUAACUUUUGAUCUAGCCGGGUCAGGUAGGGCAGCAGGCCUUCCACCAGAGUCACAUAUGACUCUCAUUGGGUCCAGCAGGGCCGAUGAGGAAAAGCCACCAAAUUCAACAGGACACUGGGGACUGCCCCCGAGUACCUGUCGGGGGCUUGGGCUGGAUGGGGAUCGGCUGUGUCCCCGCUUCUGCACCUCAUAGGGGGGUCCUUCCCGCUCCAGCACAGCGGCUCUGUCCAGGCGAGGAAUUUGGGGUUUUGCCGGCGCGGACACCCAGGUCCCAGUUUCCUCAGGGAAGCUGGCUGGCUAGAGUUGAGUUCUGGGGAAAUUGGUUCCACCUGAGGUGGAGAGAUUGAGCCUGGGGCCUGGAGAAGGAAAGUGUCAGCACUACAUGACUUGGGGUCUUCUCAGCCCUCCCAGAAGAGCUUACGUCUGUCCGCUGACUUGGGGGAGAAAGGCUGGGAGUCCAACCCACCCGGCUGAAGGGUAACAACAUCUUCGCCCACUGUGGGGGCCCAAGAGUGGGAACAGGCCUGAGUACACCCAGCAGCCCCGCACCUUCCUGCCUCAUCCCACCUACUCCCACCCACUCAGACGCAAAAUAAACACAGCCCCAGUGGAUUUGCUCGUUGGGAAAACGCGGUUUAUCCGGCCCCAGCGUGGGGAGACUCCGGGGCCAGCCAGUGGCCCGACGUCCAUUAUGGAAUGAGCAUCCUGCCAGGCCUCCUCGAAGCCAUGCUGACUGGCGCCGAGGGCUAGUGGAUGAGCCUCCAGCUGCCUGGCCAGGGUCUGCCAGGGAGGGGCAUUGUGGCCUACUGGGUGCCACGCCGCUUGCCCUUGUCUCCGCUGCGCUGUGCCGCCUACCCCGUGUUUCUGUCCAAUAAAUUAUUCGAGUUCGUUCCA